UCUAUCUGUGAGUGCGAGCUUUACUAUGGCAGAAUCCAGUAUUUCAGCGGCUCAGGAUCAGUUAAACUGUUCAAUCUGUCUGAAUCUCCUGAAGGAUCCAGUGAAAAUUCCCUGUGGACACAGUUACUGUAUGAGCUGUAUUACAGACUGCUGGAAUGAUCAGGAUGAUCAGAAGAAGGUCUACAGCUGCCCUCAGUGCAGACAGACCUUUACUCCAAGACCUGUUUUAGGUAACAACACCAUGCUGGCUGAAGUGGAGGUUAAUUUGAGGAAGAGAAAACUACAAGAAGCUAGUGUUGAUCAUUGUGGUGAAUCUGGAGAUGUGGAGUGUGACGUCUGUACUGGGGAUAAAAACAAAGCCAUCAAGUCCUGUCUGGUGUGUCUGAACUCUUACUGUCAAAAUCAUUUUGAACGUCAUGAAGAAUUUCACCCAGGAAAGCGGCACAAAGUGACAAAUGCCACUAGGAGACUGCAAGAGAUGAUCUGCCCUCAGCACGAUAAACUGCUGGAGAUUUUCUGUCGUACUGAUCAGCACUGUAUAUGUUAUUUGUGUAUGUUGGAUGAACACAAAAACCAUGACCAUGUAUCAGCUGCAGCAGAGAGGACUGAAAAACAGACACAAUUGGAAGAGAUGCAAAGAAAAUUCCAGCAGAGAAUCCAGGAGAGACAAAAGGAGUUUGAGGAGCUGAGAAAGGCUGUAGAGUCAUACAAGCGCUCUGCACAGACAGCAGUGGAGGACAGUGAGAGGAUCUUUACUGAGCUGAUCCUCUCCAUUGAGAGAAGUCGAUCUGAGGUGAAACAGUUGAUCAGAGAUCAGGAGAAGGCUGCAGUGAGUCGAGCUGAAGAACUAUUAGAGCAACUGAAAAAGGAGAUAAACGAUUUGAGGACGAGAGAUACUGAGGUGGACAAGCUUUCACACACAGACCUUCACAUCCAUUUCCUCCAGAGUUUCCAGUCUAUCUCUGUCCCUCUUGGAUCUAAAGACUCGGUCAAUAUAAUUUUCAGUUCUCAUAACACUUUUGAUGAUGUUGAAAAAUCUGUGUCUCAUCUGAGAGAAGAAUUGGAGCAUUUCUGCAGAGAGGAAAUACAAAAACUUCAAAAUAAAGCAAAAUUUAUUGAGAUUAUUCCCAUCCCUGAAUGCAAGACAAGGGACGAGUUUUUGCAGUAUUUCGUCCAGUUCACAGUGGAUUCAAACACAGUUCAUAAAAACCUCCAUCUGUCAGAAGGAAACAGAGUAAUUACUUACACUGACACAGACCAGCCAUACCCUGAUCAUCCAGACAGAUUUGAUUCUCUGCAGCAAGUGUUGUGUAGAGAGAGCGUGUGUGGACGCUCUUACUGGGAGGUGGAGUGGAGUGGUGAAGUGGAAAUAUCAGUCUCAUACAAGAGCAUCAACAGGAAGACAUGGAAUAAUGAUAAUGAUUACAACAGUGAUGGUUAUGACAAGUCUGAUUUUGGACUUAGUGAUCAGUCCUGGUGUUUGUUCUGCUCUGACUCCAGCUACUCGUUCUGGCACGAUAACGAAAUGAUUAAACUCCCUGAAGUCUCCAGCUCGUCUAGAAUAGGAGUGUAUGUGGAUCACGGUGCAGGAACUCUGUCCUUCUACAGCGUCUCUGACACAAUGACCCUCAUUCACAGAGUCCAGACCACAUUCACUCAGCCUCUCUAUGCUGGGUUUGGGGUUUAUAGUAUAUCAGCUGUGAAACUGAUAUCAAAAUAGGCUACACACACAGAAUUGUCAAAAUAAUACUGUCAAACAGCUUUAAAGGGGUCAUAUGAUGCUAAAAAAAUGCUUUAUUUGGUGUAUCCGGUGUAACGCAAGGUGUUUAUGCGGUUUUAAAUGUAUUUUCAACAUACUGUACAUUAUUGUUUAUCCUCUAAGCCCCGCCUUCCCUCCAUUUGUACAAAACAAGCGCACUGUGCUCUGAUUGGCCAGCUAUCCAGUGCAUAGUAAUUGGCUGAAUAGUUCAAUGUUAUUAAAACAUGAUGCCGUGUCCCAGCGCUAUGGCUCCAAACAAAUGAGGCAUUUGUUGCAACAAUUGGGACAUAAUUACUGAUUAUAGUGUCUUACUACUGUCUUUUUACAUCGCGUCUCGUAAACAUAACACCAUGUGAAAUGACAAACAACAAGCACUGCCCUUCAUUGCUCAAAACUUGUGCUUGAAUAGUAAGUAGCAGGUUCUUUUAAUAAGAAAACAUAACUUACUUCCAAGUUGUAAGUCAGAAGCGCCAGACUGUCCUUGCAAAGUUGGAAUUGUAUCGGUUCAACAUAUUGCAUAUUCAGAUAAAAAUCAAUAUCAGCUCAUUAUCAUUGUCACACAUGUGGACUCCUUUGUUGUUGUUUUUGUCUUAUGCCAUGUGUUCGGUGUGACCUCAUUUCUGUUAAUUAUCUUAGUGUGUUCACCUGUGUCUUGUUAAUUUAGUCAAUUACUUUUUGUAUUUAUUCCCUGUGUGUUUCAGUUCAGUUUGUCCGAU